GUGAUCACGGCUUAGCCUACUCAUUCAAACCUAUUAAAAUGUCAUAUGCUAUAAAAUAAAAUUUAAAAAAUGCUGAAAUUGUGUAAUGUGACAUUACGUUAAUUAAUAUAAUCACUAUAACAGCCUUUUGCUCAAAGGGAGUCGACACCAGGCCACAAAAUGCAGUUGCAACAUAUCGUCCAAAAGCUUAUGUUAUCAGAAGAAAAAAUAGGAUGAGGCCAUUACCGUCUUCCCAGGGUUAUACACUAACAGAGAAGGCAAUUAGGGGAGUAAAUGUAGUGCCCAAGUGCGUUGGAGGUUUCUUGCAGCUGUUGGUUGGCGUGCGAGAUGUCCUGGUAACUUGAGCUUGGAGAGUCUGGAUUCUCAGCUGUAUGCCGUCCCGUGUGGGUGAUUGGCGUUAGGCAUAAUAUGUGUAUGUGUUAAUGGUCAUCUUGAACCAGGAAAACCGUUUCUAUUUUGGGGCCCCGACUCCCACUAUACUGCUGUGGCGGUUGUUAGUUUAGGCAAAAAAUGUCAAGGAAUCAAUUUUCAAGAACAGAUUGAUCAAGACAAGGAAGCAGUACGGAUAGCAGCAUCUGCUGGCUGUAGGGCGUUACAAAACGCAGGAAUUAACACAAUUUCUGUCGAUGACAUGGGCAACGCCGAAGCAGCAGCUGAAGGCAGUACGUUAGGAUUGUGGAAGUUUCAAGAAUGCAAAAGUAAAAAACAAUCGCCUACUGAAAUUGGUUUAUUGUCACUAAACAAAGGGCAAACCACCCCCGCGGGUUCGGAAUGGAAUUACGGAGUAUCCAAGGCCAAUGCGCAAAAUCUCGCGAGGAGGUUAACGGACAUGCCCUCAAAUUUGAUGACCCCCACCAUAUUCGCGGAAAACGUGAAAGAGAUUUUUGAAAGUCUAGACGUGUGCGUUGCCGUUCACGAUGAGGAUUGGAUCAAAGAGAAAUCCAUGAAUUCAUUUUUAUCGGUCACGAAAGGUUCCACCGAACCUGCGAAGUUUGUCGAGUUAUCCUACAGUCGUGGGGACGAAAAAGUACGACCGAUAGUGCUAGUGGGAAAAGGUGUAACUUUUGAUACGGGCGGAAUUAGUUUGAAACCAUCGAAGGCUAUGGAUGAAAUGCGCGGAGAUAUGGGCGGGGCGGCGACGUGCGUUGCCGCAUUGCAGUGUAUUGCAAAUUGCCGCGUUAAAGUUAAUGUCAAAGUACUUAUACCUCUUUGUGAGAAUAUGCCCUCGGGAAGUGCGACAAAACCCGGUGAUAUAGUCAAAGCGGCAAAUGGGAAGACUAUAUGUGUUAACAAUACCGAUGCCGAGGGCAGAUUAAUUUUAGCUGAUGGUUUAUGUUACGCUGCAGGAUUUGAUCCAAAGAUGAUAAUGUCAGUCGCUACUUUAACAGGUGCGAUGCGUGUGGCGCUUGGUGAUGGCGCAACUGGCGUGUUUUCCACAUCUGACGACUUGUACAAAAAACUGGAGCAAGCGGGGACUUACGCAGGCGAUCGAGUUUGGAGAUUUCCGUUUUGGAAACAAUACAAAACCGAAAUAACCAAACAACCCGGGUAUGACGUAAAUAAUAUUGGAAAAGGUGUCGGUGGAGGUUCGUGUACAGCAGCCGCCUUCUUAAAAGAGUUUGUUCCUGAAUGUGUAGAUUAUCUACACCUGGACAUUGCAGGUGUUUGUGGUCCGGCGACUGAUAUUCCUUACUUGCAUAAAGGCAUGACCGGUCGGCCUACAAGAACUUUAAUUGAAUUCAUGCGCAUGCAUUCUAAGUGAGAUGUAUCUUUUUUUAUGUUUUUUUUUAAACAAACAGAAAAUAGUUUGAAUACAAUAAAAGAUUAAUAAAUUUCUUUGAGAUUAUA